AUGACUGAAAUAAUUUCUUCAGUGCUUCAAAACCUUCCAUUUUCUACGAAAAUCGCUUCCGUUGCCUUGCGAUACCCAGCCCCAACCUGCAUAAGCGUACUUACCCUUUCAAUCUGGGUAGCACACCGGUACAUCAAGAGUCCUUGGCACAAGGUCCCUCCGGGACCUAUCGGCCUCCCUAUCAUUGGCAGCGCUCUGAAAUUCUUUGACACAUUCUGGCUGAUCAAGGAAUGCCCGCAAUACGGCGAUCUUGUGUACCUCAAUGUAGCCGGUCAGCCGGUGGUGAUACUCAAUACACAGAGAGUCGCCGUGGAUCUUCUCGAACGUCGUGCGGCCACCAAUUCUGGUCGCCCUAGGCUCAUCGUCGCGAGCGAACUAAUGUGCGACGAUAUGCUCGUCGGGUUGGAGUCAGAUACUGAACGGUGGCGACGCCAGCGCCGCGCAGUGCACGAAGGUUUCACCAAAUCAGCUGUCAAGCGCUUUCAUCCAGCCCUCGUCGAAGACGCCAUCCGUUUAGCCGUCUCCUUAUCUCAGGACUCAUCAUCCUUCCGACAACACUAUCAGCACUUCGCUUGCUCGACCGUACUUGCGGUCACGUACGAUCGACCGCUACACGGGAAGCCAGGAGAUGACGCCCUUCGCGUUCAUAUCGACACGAUCGUCAGGAAGCUUGUGGCAGCAGCCUCACCUGGGGCACAUUUAGUCGAGCUCAUGCCAUGGAUGCUUCGCCUGCCGAGUUGGAUGGCGAAGUGGAAGCGUGACGCGCUUGAUGCGCAUCACGAUGCGAAGCAGUUCUUCGUGGGUCUUCUCGACGAAGUGGAUGCGCGGGACAAACAAGGAAUGGCGCGCCCGUGUCUUACGUCGAUGUUGCUUCAGGACCUCAAACGCUCUCAUCUUACGAAGCUUGAGGCGGCUUGGGCUUCUGGAAUGAUGUACUCUGGCGGCGCCGAGACCACCACCGUUACGCUCACAUGGUGGACUCUCGCCAUGAUAGCUUUCCCAGGAGCUCAAAGGCGAGCGCAAUCGGAAUUAGAUGCAGUUGUCGGUCGAGGGAGGCUGCCAUCUUUCGCCGAUCGCGAGCACUUACCAUACACAGUCGCGCUUCUUCGCGAAGUCCUGCGCUGGCGCAUGAGUCUACCUCUCGCCUUGCCGCACUCUUCCAACGAAGAUGCUUGGUAUGAAGGCAUGUUCAUACCCAAAGGCACCAUUCUCCUGGCGAAUCUUCUGCCAUGCAACAGGGACUCCGCGGUGUACGGCAACGAUGCGGAUUUGUUUAGGCCAGAGCGUCAUCUCGACUCGGAACACGGACAGCUCGCACCGGUACAUCCCGCGACGAAGAACCACGGUCAUGUAUCGUUUGGCUUUGGACGACGUAACUGCGUCGGUCAGCACGUUGCGGAAGACACGCUCUUCAUCGCUGCCGCCACGCUCCUUUGGGCCUUCGAGUUCUCGAAGGCGCGGGACGAGAUGGGACGAGAGCGCGAUAUCGAUACGGAAGGAUUUGAUGCUUCGGGAUUCACACUGAGGGCAAACCACUAUGAUUGUAGCAUUACACCCCGCUUCCCGGAAGCCACAUCUAUUCUGACUGACGAGAAAGAGCUCGCGGCGACGUCGAGGCCAUAA